AUGGCUUGCCAGCGGCGGUGCCCAAUGACGCCCAACACGAGGAACCCAGGGUCGACGACGCUGUCGAAACUGCUCAUAACGACACUGACUGGCGGCACGAGUCAGGGAAUCUUACUCUUCCUUCAGAGAUUGCGGAAGCCUCCGUCGAUGGGUCCUCCCCAACAAAGCUCAAGAAACUGCGGUGCGGAUCUGAGCGAGUGCGGUGCGGAUCUGAGCGAGUGCGGUGCGGAUCUGAGCGAGUGCGGUGCGGAUCUGAGCGAGUGCGGUGCGGAUCUGAGCGAGUGCGGUGCGGAUCUGAGCGAGUGCGGUGCGGAUCUGAGCGAGUGCGGUGCGGAUCUGAGCGAGUGCGGUGCGGAUCUGAGCGAGUGCGGUGCGGAUCUGAGCGAGUGCGGUGCGGAUCUGAGCGAGUGCGGUGCGGAUCUGAGCGAGUGCGGUGCGGAUCUGAGCGAGUGCGGUGCGGAUCUGAGCGAGUGCGGUGCGGAUCUGAGCGAGUGCGGUGCGGAUCUGAGCGAGUGCGGUGCGGAUCUGAGCGAGUGCGGUGCGGAUCUGAGCGAGUGCGGUGCGGAUCUGAGCGAGUGCGGUGCGGAUCUGAGCGAGUGCGGUGCGGAUCUGAGCGAGUGCGGUGCGGAUCUGAGCGAGUGCGGUGCGGAUCUGAGCGAGUGCGGUGCGGAGCUGAGCGAGUGCGGUGCGGAGCUGAGCGAGUGCGGUGCGGAGCUGAGCGAGUGCGGUGCGGAGCUGAGCGAGUGCGGUGCGGAGCUGAGCGAGUGCGGUGCGGAGCUGAGCGAGUGCGGUGCGGAGCUGAGCGAGUGCGGUGCGGAGCUGAGCGAGUGCGGUGCGGAGCUGAGCGAGUGCGGUGCGGAGCUGAGCGAGUGCGGUGCGGAGCUGAGCGAGUGCGGUGCGGAGCUGAGCGAGUGCGGUGCGGAGCUGAGCGAGUGCGGUGCGGAGCUGAGCGAGUGCGGUGCGGAGCUGAGCGAGUGCGGUGCGGAGCUGAGCGAGUGCGGUGCGGAGCUGAGCGAGUGCGGUGCGGAGCUGAGCGAGUGCGGUGCGGAGCUGAGCGAGUGCGGUGCGGAGCUGAGCGAGUGCGGUGCGGAGCUGAGCGAGUGCGGUGCGGAGCUGAGCGAGUGCGGUGCGGAGCUGAGCGAGUGCGGUGCGGAGCUGAGCGAGUGCGGUGCGGAGCUGAGCGAGUGCGGUGCGGAGCUGAGCGAGUGCGGUGCGGAGCUGAGCGAGUGCGGUGCGGAGCUGAGCGAGUGCGGUGCGGAGCUGAGCGAGUGCGGUGCGGAGCUGAGCGAGUGCGGUGCGGAGCUGAGCGAGUGCGGUGCGGAGCUGAGCGAGUGCGGUGCGGAGCUGAGCGAGUGCGGUGCGGAGCUGAGCGAGUGCGGUGCGGAGCUGAGCGAGUGCGGUGCGGAGCUGAGCGAGUGCGGUGCGGAGCUGAGCGAGUGCGGUGCGGAGCUGAGCGAGUGCGGUGCGGAGCUGAGCGAGUGCGGUGCGGAGCUGAGCGAGUGCGGUGCGGAGCUGAGCGAGUGCGGUGCGGAGCUGAGCGAGUGCGGUGCGGAGCUGAGCGAGUGCGGUGCGGAGCUGAGCGAGUGCGGUGCGGAGCUGAGCGAGUGCGGUGCGGAGCUGAGCGAGUGCGACGCUGUGCGUGAGGCCACGAAAAGGGAAGCGGGUCCAGGUCUUUCAUCGCCCCCUGCGGCAGAAAAGGCGACUUCCGCGGCGCGGACUAAAAAGAAGGUGCAUGGAGCUAACACAUCAAAUAUGGGGAACGCUCAGCUGUCAGCUGAAACUGACCAGCGUGCCGUCACUUCAGUACUUCCAAUAAAUACUGGAGCUCAUGAACAUGGAGAAGCCGAACAUGUGAUACGUGCCGCUGAUCCUGUCGCCCAAUUGUAUCUGCCCCCAAUGGAACUUGGGCAAGGAAACAACGCCAAGAGUGACAGGACGGCGGAGAAAGGAACCUCUUCUCUCAAAUCAGCUACAUCCUAG